UGCUAACGACCUGGCAGAACAAAGAUCAGAGAUUCUGAAGGACUUUACCACUGUUUUGACAUGUAUCGAUGAAAUUAAAACUGAAGUUAGUUCUCAGUGGUCCGACUCCAUCACCUCGACGGGGAGACGAAAAGCAUGGUAAACAAACGGCUGAUUAAAACUUGCUCUACCAGCUCAGUGACCUUCAUCCAUAACCUCAGGAUCUAUUGGCAGCGUUUCCACCUCUUUGGAAGAGGCAGACACUAUCUUAAUAAACAUGGGAUAAAGCUGCUCUCUGCAAACCUUUGCUUCAGAAGAACAGGGUCUAGGAUGCAACCCUCUGCAUUUAAGAAACAAUGUAUUUCAAACAGACUGACAAAACAUCGACUGAAGACAGAGGGACUGGUUCGUCUCCUUCCUUCUUCCUCCUGCAUUCAUAGAAAGUCUUCAUCUCAAAUUUACCAGAUGGAAUGAAUCAGCAUGUUCGGUUUGGCGCUUCUCUUUAUGUUAUCGCCUGCCUCUGACUAUAAAUAUGAUCAAAAUGGGAAGUUGAAGUUUUAACCCUGGUCUUAAAAAUAGACAGUGUGUCUGUACUAAAACUGGGAUUGAAUUAGCCUGAUAGCUAAAAGAUUUCUACUUUUAGAAACCCCACGAACAGCAAGCAAACCGUCUGUCAGGAAAGAAUAUGAUCCUAAAGUGUGAUAAAACCUGAUUAUUAUUACUGAAUAAUAAUAAUAAUUCAGCAAUAUCAAUAACCCUGCUGAACAGGGUUAUCAAUAGUUUUAUUUUUUGAAUGUUCUUAUAGAACACCAUCAAGUGUUGGAAUAGAGCCAGAUGAAUUUACAUACUGACUCAUUGUAAGUUUGGCAACUGUACUGAACAGAAACCUCUGGUUAUUCUUGUUCUCCUCUCAUUUCCUCCCCAGUUUUACCUCCUUUUCCCAGCAAGGGCUCCGCUGUUUAGUGUCACACAAUGUAGCACUGAAUCAUAAACGACUUCCAUAUCACAUUCUUCGAUCGCCCGAGUUGCAAAUGUACGUGUGGUCAUAAAAAGUUGGCGUGAUUGGUGCUGCUGCUCUCUGUGUGUAAGACAAUAUUCCCAAUAAUAAAAUGCCUGUGGGUCUGCAGUUAAGUUUCCAGUUUCUUCUUCCCUCCACCUCCACCUCCACCUCUACCACACAAAGACUCAGUCAGGACAGGAGACAAUGAGGGCAUUGAGAGCAGACGCUCUCCUUCAUUCUCAGAUGAUCUCCUUUUACCCUCAUUUACCAAUAAAAUCUUUCGAAUUGUUUCUUCUGUUUUCCUUUUUUGCUCUGUUCCUCUUGGUUCCUUUUAUGGUUUACCCAAACGUCAACCCAUUUUCCUUCCCUUAAAACUUUUUUUUUUUUUUUUUUUUAGAGGGUGUGAGGGGGUGUUCCUUUGCGCGUCACACCAACUCGUCUCUCCCUCAGCCACUUCAGGAUGCCUUCAGGAACUUCUUUCUAACUAAUCCACUCGUUGAUCGGCGCUUUAAUUCACGCCUGGGCGCAUCUGAUCCCCCCCGUCUGUCCGCAAACGGAGGCGCAACAUCUUCUUCUCCGCAACGUGCAGUUGUAGGUCCUCCCCUUUUUUCCGGGUUACCGUAAUCCACUCAUGUCAUCGCGGACACGCAGUCAUCACCGGCCAAGAGGCUGUUUGAACUCUUUUUGUCUCUGAAGAUAACGUCAAUGAUGUGGCGAGGCGACGUUUCAGCUGCGGUCCGAAGUUUUCUGCGCGUAAAGAAAGUGUAGGGGAGCAGGGAGGAACGAUGGGGCCACAUUUGGUUUUUCUUCUCGACGUCGGUGAGCUCGGGUGAUGACAUCCGAUCCUCCAAGUGUCAGUGUUCACAUCACUGCAGCUGCUUCACUCAGCUCUGAGCCGAAACGGUCAGGAUGACUUGAUGAGGCGGUUCACGUGGCGCCUGGUACCCGGGAGUAAGGAUGAAUGCAAAGCGGUUCAUGCUGAAGCUCAGGAAGAAGUUCUUCCCCCCCCUCGUCUCCGUGCUGACUUUAAUUUUCCUGCUGCUGGUCAGUGUCAAGUACAUCUACCUCAUUCAGUUUCUGGAUCCUCCACCAGCUCCAUCCAGUCAGCCAUUUGUCAAGCACAAAAUCAACUGCAAAGCUAUUUAUGACAUGGACCCAGUAGAAGUGGGUAAAUCCCUCAUCAUCAGAAGGAAAACUGUGGUGGAAGAUAAAGACGAAAGACUGAUCAACUUUACAGGAAAUUGCCCUGUCUUCACGAAGAUCAGGGGUUAUGACGAUUUGUGUGUUUCUGAGGAAGAGAAGGAUUUUCCCAUUGCGUACUCUUUGGUUGUACAUAAAAAUGCGUGGAUGGUGGAGAGACUCCUCAGGGCGGUGUACUCUCCCAACAACAUCUACUGCAUACACUACGAUCAGAAGUCAUCGGCUCAGUUUGUCGCCGCCAUGGAGGGUUUGGCCCGCUGCCUGCCUAACGUCUUCAUCUCCAGCAAACUCGAGUCCGUUUUCUACGCGAGCAUCAGCCGCCUGAAGGCCGACCUCAACUGCCUUUCGGACCUUCUGACAUCGGAGGUCAAGUGGAAGUACGUCAUCAACCUUUGCGGCCAGGACUUCCCGCUGAAGUCCAACAUUGAGCUGGUGUCAGAGUUGAGGCGGUUGAAUGGCUCCAGCAUGUUGGAGACGAGUCGACCUAGUGAGUCAAAGAAGCAGCGGUUUCUGUACCACUACGAGCUGCAGGACGCCAAUUUUGAGUAUAAGAAACUUCCGAUAAAAACACAGCAGGCAAAGACUCUGCCGCCGCACAACAUAGAGAUGUUCAUCGGCAAUGCCUACUUUGUGCUGUCGUGGAAGUUUGUCCAGUUCAUAAACUCAUCCCCUGUAGUGAGGGACUUCCUGGCCUGGUCAGAGGACACCUACUCUCCGGACGAACACUUCUGGGCCACGCUUGUGCGACUGCCGGGCAUUCCCGGGGAGGUGCCCAGGUCCCAGGCCGACAUCACAGACCUGAUGAGCAAGACCAGGCUUGUGAAGUGGCAUUACCUGGAGGACAAUCUUUACCCUCCUUGCUCGGGGCAGCACGUGCGCAGCGUUUGCAUUUUUGGUGCCGCCGAACUGCGUUGGCUGCUCAACUACGGUCACUGGUUUGCCAACAAGUUCGAUCCCAAAGUGGAUCCCGUUCUCCUUCAGUGCCUUGAGGAGAAACUGGAGGAGAAGCAGAAGGGGUUUCAAAAAGGGAGAACUUUGACUUGCCCAAAAGGUUAGCUAAAAUGCUGGCUAUUGACUUUUCUUUUAACUGCCCUGCAAUCAUGAGAGACAGAAUCCGUUGGACCAUGCAAGGUUUUUACCCAGUCCGGUGGGGUAACGUGCACUUUUAUGAAGUUUUUUUAUUUGUGUGGUUUCGGGAACUGACGAUCUGACAGGACACCCAUUUAGGAGGGUUAAUGUUGAUCAGAAACUAAGACAUAAAUAUGCCCACUACAGGAUUGUGUUAUUUUUGUCUACCUUCUGUACUUUACUGCAUCAAUACCUGUUUCUGUUGUUUAGAAACACUCCAUCCAUCCAUGAUAGAUUUCUUUCUGUCAGAAAUCUAGGAACCUCAGGCAUAUGUUGUUUAAUGUAGGAGAGAAAAGCUUUGUCUACAAUCAAGUUCAGGGACCAGCUACUUACUACGUCACGGUGAUUCUGGACUUUUUAACUCUUUGUAUCGUUUGAAAAUGCUUUAUAAAAGACUUUGAGCAUCGAUGGAACAUCUGUUUUCAAUGAUUUCCAAUGCUUUGAAAACAUUUAAACGCGAUUAAAUUAUUAUUGAAGACUUGGAUUGCACAAUGUUGAAUAAAUCAUCAAAGUUC